GUGAUGACGUCACCAUGCGUGAUGACGUCAUCAGGUGCAGGCGUCGCCAGCACCACGUGCUCGUGUUGUGACGGUUGGAGAUGAUGCGUCCAGGCGUAUCACUCACCAAAGUCCGACUCCUUGCUUCUGAAGAAAGCCAGAACACAAGGCAGAAAUAAAAGUGGAUUCCACGUGACUUUCAACAUCCAAGUAACAUUGGGAAUCACCAUGACGCAGGCGGUUGUUGUCCAAGUUGGACAGUGUGGAAACCAGAUUGGUUGUCGCUUUUGGGAUCUUGCUUUGCGAGAGUAUGCCCAGUUCAACAAGAGUGCCUUGUAUGAUGACGCCGUUGGUACUUUUUUCCGUAACGUGGACUCCAGUGAUGGAACACAUCUGGCUGCUGGUGGAAGAAUACAACUGCUGAAGGCGAGGGCAGUGCUGGUGGACAUGGAGGAAGGUGUGGUCAGUGAGAUCCUUCAGGGCCCUUUGAGAGAUGUGUUCCACAGCACUCAGCUGCUCACAGAUGUGUCAGGUGCAGGCAACAACUGGGCCGUUGGACACAUGACGUAUGGGUCAACCUACAGAGAAAAGAUAGUGGACAAGCUGAGAAAAGCAGCAGAACAAUGUGACUGUCUGCAGUCCUUUUUCCUUCUGAACUCUAUGGGAGGAGCAUUUACACAAGCUGACAACUUCACUGCUUUUGGCUUCUGUGUAAGCGAUCAUGAGACAUGGAGGCCUGGAUCCACACCAAUGAUAAAAAUAAGGAUUGCUAACACAAAACUGCACUAUUCAGAGCAAGGGAGACACGUGUCAAUAAACAUUUAACAAAAACAAAUG